AACUAUCGUUGCCAUUUUGACAAUUUUUUGACAGUACAAAUAAUUUUGAUAUUCAUAUAUUUGUUAAAAUCAUUGAACCUGAACAUCCUAGCGUGCAAACCGCCCUGCGCGUGUGAGUGUGGUUAUCCAGAUUUCGCAGAUUACCAACGCAGCCCAAUCAAACGAAAUUAGUAAAAAUCCGGUGAAAAUUUGUUUGUUACGCACACCCCAGCAUUGUAAUGACGACGCCACCCUCGGAGAGUCCAGUGCGUCGAUCUGCAAACAAGCGCAAGAGUUCAACUCUCGAGUCCAUUGAGGAGAACGAGACGGUACGCUCUUCCUUGGAUCUGUACAACUGCAAUAAGCUGAGCAUAGCCAAUGCCUGGGAUAUAUCGUUGAUUGAUACACUGGCCAAUCUAAUGGAUAGCCCUCACAAAAAGCUAAGCAGCUUCAGGAUGGCUGGCUCUUUGCUGCAGGUCUUGUGCAAGGUCUACGGCCUGCGUGUAGACUCCAUCUACAUCGAUGCAUGUCGUAUAUCGGCGGGUUUGAAUGCUCGCACCUUGACGGGCUUACCUGAGGGACCUCCAGGUGAUGGCGAAGGCGGCGAUGGGGCUCCCAGUCAACAGCAGCAGGCGGCACCUAAGCUCAAGCGCCAGAAAAGGAAUUUAUCAACGUUGGCAAAGAACAAGGAAAAGUUGAAUGCGCGUUUGGAUAUGGUGCCCAUGCAGGACCCUAUAUUUGCAAAGCUCAAUUCGACGGUGGGCUCCCUCGAUGCCCCCGAUCGAAUGAUGCACAACAUUCUGCCCAGCGUGGACUUUGAGAUGCGGCUACGCCCGACUUACAAAUUCUUUGAUGACACCGAGGGGACGGAUGAGCUCAUGGAUAGCGAAACGCUGAGUGCUGGCGCCAAGGAGUGGCCCGAUGAAGAGUUGUGCAAUGCGGAAUGGCUGCACAAACUGUACAACCGUACGGAUGAUCUAAAUCUGCGGCCACUCCACACGGGUUAUGUGAUAACCAAUCCCAAUACCCCCAAUCCCAAGCCACAGUCGGGAUCUAUUUCAGAGGCGGUCCCUUCAUAUGAUGACGAUGCUGAGGGGCUGGAUAAUGCGCACGAUAUUGGUGGGAAUCGCACAGAGCUAUCCGUGGCCUUUGACAUGAAUGCCGAGUGUGAGCCCAUGCCGGAUAUAGAAGCCGGUCCUCCCAUUAUCUUAGAUAUACAAUCGAAUGAUUUGCAGGAGCUCACCGCCGAAGAGCAGACGGUCAUCACCAAUUGCCGCCGUCCGCGCACCACUCUGGACCAGACGACUGGCCCAAAGGAUGCUGUGACUGUUAGCAACCUAAAGAAAACCAAAACCGCUGCCGCUGCCGCUGCCGCCAAGCCACGCAUGAAGGAGGUGCACUAUGGAAAAUGCAAAGAGGACCUCUUCCAGCCUCUUGAUGCCAACAUAAAGCAGCAAAAGGUCAACUAUCAAAAGAAAUGCGAUGCCCGAAAGCUGAUGCCCACGAAAUCCAACAAUGAAGCGGACUACCAAGUUAGCCAGCGAUUUGGUAAAGCCGAUCUGGUUGAGAGUCUGGGCAAUGAUGUGGAUAUGGAUAGGGGCUUACACCACGGUGAUGCCGAUAGAGAGCUCUUUGACAAUGAAAAUUUCACCACAGAUGAUUCUGUCAUGAACCGAAUGUCGGCAGCGGACAUUGAAGAUCCCAUGGACAUGAUGAAUAAGGAUUCAUGUGGGGAUAUGCCCAAUCAAAGCCAAAGCAUGCAUGAGGGUGAGGAUACAAUCAUGGAGAUAUCCACCGAAUUUAAGGGUGCACCAAGGCAGGUCAGCAAAGUGAUUGGGCCAUUUGCGAAGCGUGCCAAGGGGAUCGACAUGAAGAAUCUCAAGAACAGCUGCCAUUAUUUGAUCCAGAAACAAUUCCUCAGUUCUGUCAAUGAGGCAUCGAUACCCUCCCUCCCACUGUCAAAGGAAGAAAGCUACGCCAAGGGUACCGCCAGCUUCCAGGAGGUUUACCGAUCGUUGCCUGAUGUGUUGAGUGACGAAACGAAAGAUUCUCUGUGCCCAUCGGUGGCCCUCAAUGCGGUUCUCCAUUUGGCCAACGAUAUGAAACUGCGACUCAUUCCACAAGAGAAUCUAGAGGAUUUUCAAAUCCGGCAAGUUCUGGAUGACGAAGUUUAAUGACGAGCUUUUAAAAAAACUGAAUUCUGAUACAAUGCUAGAAGUAAUCAAUCUUCACACAAUUUUAAAUACAUUUUCAUGCAACAACACAUACAAAAAACUAAACGAAACGAAUCAGGGCUCUUCUUCAAUGUGUUGUCGGAUGAAU